AUGCACCGGAAUCCUGAGCGUUCGGGAGGAUCGUUGUGCAGUGUCUACGGCCUCGAAGGCUCUCCUUGGACAAAGACGAAGUGGGCAAUCUCUAGAUCUUCUCGCGAAGUCUUGAGAUCAAUGAAAUGGGUCGCUGAGUCGUCUCCAGCGGCUGUCACUCGGCGGAGCGGAAAAACGGCGACUUUGCGGCUCUCCGGCGGCUGUCACCUGACAGAGAGGAGCUGGAUGGAGGUGGGGCGCGUGUCAGGGAGCUUCAUCCUCAGGUCCGCGCAGCAAGAGGAGGCUCUUCAUCGCAUCUGGUACGCUCUCAGGAGGUGGCGACUCGUCUCCCGGCGGAUCGUCCUCUUCCCGACGACGGCUUGUUCGUCGAUCAAUCGGAGAUGA